UGCCUUCCUUAUACGGAGAACAAGGAAGUAAAGGACACAGUUCCAUAAUCAUGUUGAAGUUGCUUUUAAGCACAGCUUGUCUUCUUUACCUGCCCAGCGAGAACUGAAAACGAAUGGGGAUUGCAUUGCUUUGCCUGUUCCUUCUAUUCCUGCAAAGAGAUAAUCAUGCCCAAGCGAGCUGCUCAGUGGAAAGUGCAGAGACAUGUGAAGAGUGCAUUCUCAUUGGACCACACUGUGCCUGGUGUUCUCAAGAGAAUUUUACCCACUCAUCUGGAAUUGGUGAAAGGUGUGAUACACCGGGAAAUCUUUUGGCCAAAGGGUGUCAUUUGAGCGCCAUUGAAAAUCCCAUCUCCAAAGUAGAAAUACUUAGAAAUAAGCCUCUGAGUGUAGGCACCCAGAAAAAUAGCUCAGACAUCGUACAGAUUUCACCCCAAAGCUUAGUUCUUAAAUUGCGACCAGGAACUGAUAAAACACUACAAGUCCAUGUGCGCCAGACUGAGGAUUAUCCAGUGGAUCUGUACUACCUCAUGGACCUCUCCGCAUCCAUGGAUGAUGACCUGAAUACAAUCAAAGAGCUGGGGUCCACUCUUUCUAAGGAAAUGUCCAAGCUGACCAGCAAUUUCAGGCUGGGCUUCGGCUCUUUUGUAGAAAAGCCGGUUUCCCCCUUCAUGAAAACAACGCCCGAGGAAAUAGCUAAUCCCUGCAGAAGUGUUCCAUACCUCUGUUUACCCACUUUUGGAUACAAACAUGUUUUGCCAUUGACAAAUGAUGCUGAAAGGUUCAAUGAAAUAGUGAAAAAUCAGAAAAUUUCUGCUAACAUAGACACUCCAGAGGGAGGAUUUGAUGCCAUUAUGCAAGCUGCUGUUUGUAAGGAAAAAAUUGGAUGGAGGAAUGAUUCGCUGCAUCUUCUUGUGUUUGUGAGUGAUGCAGAUUCCCAUUUUGGGAUGGAUAGUAAACUGGCAGGCAUUGUCAUUCCCAACGAUGGACAGUGUCAUUUGGACAGCAAGAAUGAAUACUCCAUGUCAACAGUUUUGGAAUAUCCAACAAUUGGACAGCUGAUAGACAAGUUAGUGCAAAACAAUGUUUUACUGAUUUUUGCCGUAACCCAGGAACAGGUUCACUUAUAUCAGAAUUACGCAAAACUGAUUCCUGGAGCUACUGUGGGCCAGUUACGUCAGGACUCUGGAAACAUCCUCCAGUUGAUCAUUGCAGCAUACAAAGAACUGAGGUCUGAAGUGGAGCUGGAAGUAUUAGGAGACACAGAGGGACUCAACCUCUCCUUCACAGCUAUCUGUAACAAUGGCACUCUGGUCCCCCAUCCCAAAAAGUGCUCUCAUAUAAAAGUGGGAGACACGGCAUCUUUCAAUGUGACUGUAAGCCUACCAACUUGUGAGAAGAGAAACCGGCGUAUUGUCAUAAAACCAGUUGGCCUGAGGGAUGCCUUGGAAAUUGACAUCAUCCCCGAAUGCAGCUGCAACUGCCGGGAGGCAGUUGAGGUGAACAGCUCCAAGUGCAGCAAUGGAAACGGUUCUUUUGGGUGUGGGGUGUGUGCCUGCAACCCGGGCUAUAUGGGCCCUCACUGUGAAUGCAACGAGAACUCUGUGAGCACGGCCUCCUGCCGAGAUGCCCCGGAUCACGAGUCCUGCAGCGGAAGGGGAGACUGCUACUGCGGACAGUGCGUUUGCCAUCUGUCCACCUACGGGCGCAUCUACGGGCCGUACUGCGAAUGUGACAACUUCUCAUGUGUGAGGCAUAAAGGACUGAUCUGCGGAGAUAACGGAGACUGCGACUGUGGGGAAUGUAGGUGCAAGAGUGGCUGGACUGGGGAAUACUGUAACUGCACUACCAACACAGACUCCUGCGUCUCUGAGGACGGAGUGCUGUGCAAUGGACGAGGAGACUGCGUCUGUGGGAAGUGCAUCUGUACCAACCCCGGAGCCUCUGGCAACAUGUGUGAACGGUGCCCGACCUGUGGCGAUCCAUGCAACUCCAAACGGACCUGCAUUGAAUGUUAUUUGUCUUCUGCCGCCCAGCGUCAAGAAGAGUGUUUUGAAAAAUGUAAAGGGGCUGGUGCCACAAUCAGUGAGGCAGAAGAUGUGUCAAAAGACAAUUCAGUAUCCUGCUCUUUGCAAGGUGAAAAUGACUGUCUUAUUACAUUCUUAAUGGCUUCAGAUGAGGAGGGAAGAACUGUCCUUCAUAGCAUAAACCAGAAAGAUUGCCCACAACCCCCGAACAUACCGAUGAUAAUGCUGGGAGUUUCUCUUGCUAUUCUUCUCAUUGGAAUUGUCCUGCUUUGCACGUGGAAGCUGCUAGUAUCAUUUCAUGACCGCAAAGAAGUUGCUAAGUUUGAAGCGGAAAGAUCAAAAGCCAAGUGGCAAACGGGAACCAAUCCCCUGUACAGAGGCUCAACAAGUACUUUUAAAAACGUAACUUAUAAACACCAAGAAAAACAAAAGAGGGAUAUUUCAGCAAGUUCUCAUUAGCACUUCCUGCACUGGAAAAGUCUGUUCACUGACAAAGUAUUUAAUGUCUAUUUCCUUUAUUAUUAUAAAUUGAGGAUUGCUCAAGAUUAUAUAGGUCACAUAAAGCUCAACCAUACUUGUGUACAGGUAAGAGAAGGAAGCUCCCAGAUUCUUAAUAGUUAAGAAGAGAAAUGUCCACAAAACAGUUUGGUUUAUCGGGUCAAUUAAUUGCAAAAUGUCUAUAAUGCUUAGGCUUCUGGGAAAAAAAAUUCACCUGAAAAUAUAUUUGUUGGUCUAAUUUACAUCUGGAUAAUACAAUGAAUUAGAAGACUUCUGUUUUGCAAAAUAUUCUUAUGGUCUUUGUCUUAGUGGUGAAAGCAAUUCUCCAUACACAUUCACAAAUAACCCCCUCAACAUCUAGCUGAUUGCAGUUUCCCAAAGGAAGGUCAAAAGCACUUACGAUUUUACUUCAGGCAACUGAGAUAGAUUCUUCCGGAACCGUCACCAACAAUGGUCCCAAAAUUAAAGCGAAAAUGUGUGUUUGAGGAUAUAUAAAGUGGCGUGGAUCCUUCUCUGAUCCUGCCCUGAGCACUGAGAGAGGGAAGGAGGUCGAGAUACCCUUACCUGGAGCAGACAGGGGAUUGAAUGAAAAGGGAAUAGUUUGUAGUGAAACCUCACCUCUCAAAAAACAUAUCAGUAAGCAGAUAUUUUCUAACCAUUUCACAGACUAAGAAACAGAGGUAAGGAUGGGGCAAUAAAUUACCACAAAAUAAAAUCACAACAAUAUAGCAUUACAGUUUAUCUUAUUUUUGGACUCUGUUCAGAUUCUCUCUUCCUGUGUGUUUUCA